UUAUUAUAGAGUUUAUUUUGAAUUAUUUAACGGUCAAAACUCAACAGGUUACAACAAGUGUCUCUUUGUUUACUUACAGUAAAUUUUAAUUCAAAAAAGUUUGUGUAAUUAUUUAUAAUAAUGGAUGAAUUUAAAACACCGAUUAAAAAAAUUCGCAGUCGUGUAGAUAACCCUGAGUAUUUAACUCCACUAAAAAUUCCCGCGACGCCUUAUUUGAAACAAAUAGGUUACGGUUGUGGUAUUAAUGUAUUCACACUUGAAAGAUCACCAAGAGUUGGAUUCGCACGAUCCCCAUGGGCAAUAAAAAAAAGGAACGCAAAAUUAUCAACAGAUACUAAAUACGAUAUGAGAAUUAAAUUUGAAGCCGACAUUCUUAAACACUUAAAGCAUCCGAAUAUUGUUGGGUUUCGUGCUUUGACGUUGUCUCAGACAGGAAUUCCAUGUCUUGCUAUGGAAAAAUUAGAUAAGUCUUUAGGAGAUUUGAUUGAAGAAAGAGUUGAUAUGGAAGCAGAUCCAUUUAAAGCUCGCGAUAUUGAGUUUGUUGGCUUUGAAAUAGCGAAAGGGUUGGAGUACUUGCAUCAUACUGUUAAUAUAUUGCAUGGUGAUCUCAAAAGUUACAAUAUUUUGGCGAGUAAUGAUAUGAAGAUUAUUAAAAUUUGCGAUUUCGGUGUGUCAGUACCCAUGAAUAAAGACAUGGUUAUGGUUGAUGACUUUGUUUAUACUGGGACUGAAUGUUGGAAUGCUCCGGAAGUGAUAAAUGAGCAAGGGCCAAUAACAAACAAAACAGAUAUGUGGGCAUACGGACUAAUACUUUGGGAAAUGAUCGCUCUAUCACCGCCACACGUUGACGCAGAUGAAGACUUGAACGGGUCCAUAUUAAAUAACACAAUGGAUGACUCUGUAAUCAUUGACGAAAAUACAGAUCCCAAAACCACUGAUCUAGAUGACAGUAAUUUAAUUCCCGACAUUAAAGUUAAUGAAAACUUAGGAACACGGCCAGCACUACCAGCAAUACCGAUAGGCCCAGAGUAUGAUAAAAUACUUGAAAUAUUUAUUUUAUGUACUGAUCAAGAUUACAAAACACGUCCAAGUGCCAAAGGAGUUGUUAUGUAUUUUAAAAAUUAUAUUUGUAAGUCUUCAAGUGGCGAUAAUUUAUAGUUUGAUACUUAAUAUUAUUAAUACUUAACUACAAUAUAUUCUAUAAAGUUUUUUUUUUUCAUCAUUUACCAUGACAGUAAUUUUACAUGACAA